CUCACACAAUAAAGUCACAGCGCGGUGGUCAGCCUUGCCCUCCGGCGGCGCCUGUGUGGUCUCGGUGCCGGAGCUGGCGGUCUAACCAAUUCCAUCUUGGCUUGGGGACCGCGAGGCCUGCCGCGGGUUGGGGCAGACGCCCUUCGUCCGGUCUCUGGGGGCCUCGGGACCUGAGAAGGGGGGGAGGACCCCUACUCCUUUGGUAAGACUAGAUAGGAGGAUCUCCGGGCUGCUGCGCACACUGCUCCCCGCCAGCGACCACUACCCGUCCAGCUCCUCUGUUCGCCAGACCCGUGAACCCGCCACCAGCCCGCGCGCCGGGAGGCGCCGGGGCAAGGAACGCUGCUUGCCAGCUGCCUCGGUGCGCCUGCUUUUUUUGCGCGGCCAGGUGGCCUCUGGCUUUUCCGCUUUUCCACACGCGGUCUGGGGAUCGAGCACUGUUCUGCCAGCCUCGGGGUGGAUGAAUACGUUGGAGUUCUGGUUUGCAGGAUCAGCCGCCAAGGUGAUCCUGGCGAUAAAAGGAAUGUAGCCUUUGGCCACGACUGGCGCAUGGAGCUGCCAAGUUGCCUGGCCUGCAUGCUCCAUGGACCUGGAUGGCAGCUUUCCUAAGGAGCAGAGUUCCUGGCCUGGGGGUGGUGGUGAUGGUGAGAUGCACACCAAGAGUGGUGUGAGGCCUCCUUCCUGGCUGCCAAACUUUGGAUACCUUGUGAUACCUCUCUGCUUUUAGCAGGUCUCUCAGGCUGUGUCUGCAGCUUGAGGACCCAAGCAGCAAGUGGAUCUCUGUGGCCGGAUUCCCGGGGCAGAGGCCUCAAGAGGGCCUCCAUGGGAGGGAUUGGGGUAGGAGUGGUGUUGCUCAGGCCCGGGAACACAGCUGGCGGCUCUGCCAGGCCGCACCUUCUCUGGACUAGGCGAGAGGCGCCCGUUACUGGAAAAUGCCUCAGCAGCAACUUAAAGCUGGUAGAAACAGGCCAGGCCCAGGUAGCCUGUGGAAAACGGGAUUGAAAAGCCAAUGAAGAUGGAGAAGAGUCCCAAGGGACACUGGGGCAAAGACCCCCUCCACCGGAUGCUCCCAGCUCCCGAAGCCUGGCAGGGAAACCUGCAGGCUUCGCCUUUGCUCUACAUGUCUCUGCUCAGCCGGCAGCCUCCUCCUUCGCCAUCGAACAUUGCGGGUGUUAUCAUAAUACCCUGAAGGGGGGGAAAACGGGCCGGGGGAUGUAGGCGGUGCUGAAAUGACCGGCUUUGAAGAACCUGCAGGCAAAGUUUCGUCCAAUCGCCUGAGCCUGUCCUCUUAUUCCCGGUUGUAACUAAAUACUGUUGCGAGCGCAGCCGAAGCCCUUUGUUGGAGAUGUGUGAGCGCAGUCUUUACAGAGCGGGCUAUGUGGGCUCGCUUCUCAAUCUGCAGUCGCCUGACUCUUUCUACUUCUCCAACCUGCGGCCGAAUGGCAGCCAGCUGGCCGCGCUUCCCCCCAUCUCGUACCCUCGCGGCGCGCUGCCCUGGGCCGCCACGCCCGCCUCGUGCGCCCCCGCGCAGCCUGCGGGCGCCACUGCCUUCGGCGGCUUCUCGCAGUCCUACCUGGCCGGCUCCGGGCCUCUGGGCCUGCAGCCCCCGGGCGCCAAGGACGGACCCGAAGAGCAGGCCAAGUUCUAUUCGCCGGAAGCAGCCGCCAGUCCGGAGGAGCGCGGCCGUACGAGGCCGCCCUUCGUCCCAGAGUCUAGCUUGGCCCCUGCAGCCGCUGCUCUCAAGGCCAAAUACGACUACGCGGGUAUGGGCCGUGCCGCGCCGGGCUCUGCGACCCUGCUCCAGGGGGCCCCCUGCGCCGCCGGCUUCAAGGAGGAUACGAAGGGCACGCUCAACUUGAACAUGACAGUGCAGGCGGCAGGCGUCUCCUCUUGCCUGAGACCUUCGCUGCCCGACGGCCUGCCAUGGGGGGCUGCCCCGGGGAGGGCCCGCAAGAAGCGAAAACCCUACACGAAGCAGCAGAUCGCAGAGCUGGAGAACGAAUUCCUCGUCAACGAAUUCAUCAACCGGCAGAAACGCAAGGAAUUGUCCAACAGGCUGAACCUCAGCGAUCAGCAGGUCAAAAUUUGGUUCCAGAACAGGCGCAUGAAGAAAAAGCGCGUGGUGCUGCGCGAGCAAGCAUUAGCGCUCUACUGACCACAUGCGUGGCUGUGGGCAGCCCGGGCCUGCCCUUUUGGAUGGAGGCCUGGCAUGGGGAGGAGGAGCUGGGGCUGGAGCUGGGGCUUUCCUCCCCCCUCCCCCAUUGCCCUCUCCGCUGGUUUGUCCUCAUCUCCCGCUCUGCCUGCAGCCCCAGAAGCUAGCAAGAUCUAGAGAUGAGACCAGUUGGGCCUCCUCGCUUUCCUCCUCUCAGAGAGGCAGAUGAAGGGGCCUUCGGAAGUUGGAGUGCAACCUUGGCCUUAUGGUUUCCGCGUGUGGAACUUCGGGUCACCCAAACUUACUCUUUGCUGGGACACUGCACCCAGGACUCACUUUUGCUCCCUUGUACUUGGAUUUCUCUGUUUGCGCCUGGUUAGUUCUCCCUCCCCCCCUUCCCAGCCCUGACUGCAUUAAGAGGCACCUACUCAGAGCUCAGAGUGGAAAUGAAUAUAGGAAGGCCUCAGGACCGUGGAAAGGGCUGUGGAUACAGCUCGGCGUCUUUGCCACCAGCCCUUUGUGGCAAAGCCAGGAUCUCCAGUCUGGAGGAAGGAUGGGGUGCCAUCCCUCCUCGUUCCCCCCACUCACCUUUCUACCCUGGCCAAUUUGGGAGGACUACAGCUGUCCUAGACCUCAGACCUCUAGAGGAAAGGAGAGGGGAGGGGCUGGGUGGCCAGACACCUUGGAAUGUGGACUGGGCUGGCCCCUGCAGUUGGACAGAAUGGCUCAGAGGCUUCCUUCCCAGAGAAGGGAUGAGGGAGGCUCGGCCCACAGAGCAAGCUACAGUCUCCAGACAAGAUUGGCAAAAAUCUCCUUACUUCCAGCUUUUCACAUGGGCUAAGCCCAUGCAUCUUGUGACUGGGCCCCCAGAGCUGAGCUCUGCUAUGGGGAGCUGCUGGUCUGCUUUGAGGCUGCAUUGCUCAGGGAGGUGUGCUCAGUGUCCAGGGAGUGGUGAAGAGAGUCAGGAAGGGGAAGAGGGGUCCUCCUAUGCACCAGCUCUAAAUAUGGCCAAAGUGGCCACAUGUCUUUCCUGAGUCACCUUAACAGCUACUGCAAGGAGAGGCAAAAACUCCUCCUGGAGUAUCACAGGGUGGGGAAAGAGACUACGCAGAUUCUCAGCGCCUGGUCACUGCUCUUGACAGAGCACACAGAACUAGAAGUUUCUCUCUCACCCUCUCCACUCCCCACCAACUCCACCAGAAGUCCAAGCACAGUGCCCCUUCUGUAGCAUGUAUGGUGCUGCACCAGUGGAGCCUUCAAGGCCCUGGGCCCUGCCAGGCUUGCCUUGUGAAGGCCGGGGCUCCGGAAUGCCAGGGGGAGCUGCUCUGGGCAUGCUAGGGUAUCCAGCCUUCAUUUCACCUACUCCAUUGCCCUCUCCCAACUCUGACUUCUUCUACUACCCCAGCCUCUUCUCCCACUCCUUGUGAAAUAUAGCAAGAUACACAACAACCAAAGAGUUCAGAUUCCUUCCCAGAGACCAGUGGUUUCUUUUCAGUGGGAAACCAGAGCCUAGAGCUGGAAUGAACACCUCACAGGGAGACUUGAGCUCAAGAGUUCAAAGGAUCUCAGUUGACAUUUAGACUGAUUUCAUUUUCUGUGCUUUCUAAUAGUCGUCGUGCAUGUUUUGUUUUGAUUUUGUCAAAAACAAUGGCUUGUAUAUAUCAGACACAUAGAAAUGUUUUGAGUGGAAAUAAAUAUCCAGGUCCCAGCCAA